AUGACUCAAUCUCAACUUAAGUUUAAUCCUGAUGGCUCUGUGCACCUUUGGGUGUACAAACCAGAAGUAGCUCGUACUGAGUUGUGUAGGUUAAUUGCUCGUCUUGACCUGUCUAUUUGCAUUGGUGAGUCUGAUGCUUUUGAAGAGUACGUUACUACUACUCAUAAUCCUAAAUUUGCUAAGGUGUCUAGGCAAACAACAACUAGAGAUUUUGCCAAGUACUUCACUGAACGUCGUGCUCAGCUUGUUGAGUGCUUGAAGUCUGUAUCCUCUGUUGCUCUUACUUCUGAUAUCUGGUCUGGCAAUGCUAAGGAGGAUUACCUUAGUGUGGUUGCUCAUUUUGUGAAUGCUGAUUGGCAACUAGAGAAAAGGAUCUUAGGUCUCAGGUUGAUUGAUGUGUCUCACAAUUCUGAGAAUAUUGCUGAGCGUAUUACUUCUGUUAUUGCUGAUUAUGGGUUAACUGAUAAAAUCUUUGCUGUUACACUGGACAAUGCUGCUGCUAACACUAGGGCUAUUAAUCAACUUAAUCCUGUUUUGUCUGGUUAUGUUGGUAGCUUGUUCCUGCAUCAAAGAUGUGCUUGUCAUAUCAUAAAUCUUAUUGUUAAGGCUGGUCUUGAAGUGUUUAAGCCAAUGCUUGGUGCAUUUAGAUCUGCUAUAUCAUUUCUAAACUCAUCUAACCAGCGCAUUGCUGCAUACAAGUCAUAUUGCAUUGCUGUUGGUGAAAGACCUCGCAAGUUUGGCUUGGAUAUGGAUUUAUAUGAUUCCACUGUUGUUAUGUUUGGUGUUUAUUACCCCACAUCUCCAUUAAUAUUGCAUCAUGUUCUUGAGAUAGCUAGUCAUCUAAAUAAUUAUGAAAAUGAUAGAGACUUAAGAUCAGUUAUGGUUCCUAUAAAAGAUAAGUUCUUGCAAUACUGGUGUGACAUACACAUGCUCUACUCCUUUGCAUUUAUACUAGACCCUAGGGCUAAGCUGAAAGGUUUCACCAAUGUUCUUAGACUUCUAUCUCAGCUUAAUGGUAAUGAUUACUCAUGCUACUUGACUGAGGUAAGGGCUGAGUUGUAUGUUAUUUUUGCUAAGUAUGAUGAGAAGUUUGGUGGUGUAAGGUUGCAAAGGGCUGCCCAACCAGGCCCUACAGGUAAGAGAAAAACUGCUUGGGGAAGAAUCUUUGGUGGUGAGUCUUCUUCUUCUUGUUCUAGUUUGUCUGGUACUACUCUUGGUUCUGUUACUAGUCUUGGUUUUGGUUCUACUUCCUCCUUGCAUAGAAGAACCUCUGCUAGUGCUCUGUUGCAAGCUGCAACUUCUUGUGCUUCUCUAUCAUCUGGUUCUGAAUUGUCUGCCUACCUGGACAGUGAUACUGUUAACCAGUAUGAUGAUGAUUUCAAUAUCUUGAACUGGUGGCAUGAGCAUAAGCUAUCAUAUCCUGUUCUUUCAAUUCUAGCUAGAGAUGUAAUGACUGUUCCUGUUUCAACAAUAUCAUCAAAAUCUGCAUUUAGUAUGACUGGCAGGAUUAUCGAGGAGCGACGACGGCGUCUGGGCCCUGAGGUCGUGGAGAUGUUGGCUCUGAUCAAGGACUGGGAGCAAGCCGAUGCAUGA